AUGGCGAUAGAGGACACUUUACAAUACCAAAGCUUCGACGGCGAGCAGGCGCCACCCCCAUCGUUGAACAGGCUCCGCAAACACAUUCAGGUUCUAGGCCGAGGUAUUGGAAUUGUAUCGCAUGCUGAGAAGCUAUCCUUAAAAAACGAGGCUGUGACCAACAACCGAUUUUCUUGGGUUGAUGAAGCAACCUUCGCUCCCAAACCCGACGCCACACCGACAACACCAUCACUUCCCCCACAUCGCGAUGCCUUAGGGCCAACGCCAUCUAUUGACUCUGUGCGGGAGAUCUGGGCUGCCGCAUUUGAUGCGGAACUGGUCGGUCAUGAGGAGUCUCAUUGGAAUUUAACGGUCCAGGGACCGAUCCUCCUAAGCGCCCUGAAGCAUUUGACGAAUCUUGGUGUAUCGUGCUGCACUUCGGCGGGAAUCCAUAGUGCUUACACGAGAAAGGACAAUUCCGCCCAAUACAAUCGAAAGAUCGACAUUUGUGUGCAUGUAAAUGAGAAAUCGCCACAGCUAGACAGAGUCAUUCUAGCGUCGAGAACCGGGUCAAUCAACCAUACAAGUUAUGCUGGUCUGCUUCGUAGGCCAAUUGGAUUCUCUAUUGAGACAAAAAUCACAGGUCAUGACUGGUCAACCGCGGUUUAUCAGAUCGCAUCAUGGUUGUUAGCCCAGUGGGACGCCCUCGAUGACCUCGUAGAGCUAUCGGUUGGCCAGCGCAUACCUCCAGGUAGUUCUCCAGCAGCGGCAUCCGGACUGGAGUUUUUACCAGGUGUUAUUGUACAAGGACAUGAAUGGUGGUUUGUCGCAGUGAGCAGGACAUCGAGUAAUAAGAAUGUGUUUUGGACGAAAGUUUACAUUGGAUCAACCACGUCAACUCAAGGCGUCUAUGGAAUCACGGCCGUCAUACAACUCUUAGGCCACUGGAUUCAAAGUGAGUACUGGCCUUGGUUUAAGUCCGCCAUUCUCAAUCAAGCUUAG